CACAGUUGUGUUUGAACUAGAAAGGUGCGCUGUGUGUUCUCUAUUUAAAUUUCCCGCGUAAACGUUUCAAAGGCGCUUUUUAUUGUGAAAUUUUAGGUAAAAUUGCAGCAUGAUGUCACUUUUAAAGUUGUUUACCACCGUUCUUCUGGCAACUUUGGUGUGCUGUGAGCCUCCAGUCUACAGAACUUACCAGAAUGGAUACAAUCGACCUUCGAAUAAUUACUUACCACCAAACCCAGGAUUUAAUCUACCAAACACCUACUUGCCACCGCAUACUGGAAACCCAACAGAUUUUAACGGCAACGGACAAGGUCACGGACAAGGUCACGGACAGAAUCAUGGCAAUGAUCAUCACGGCCAUGGGGAUGAGAGUGAAGUGCCUAAAGCCUAUGAGUUCGGCUAUUCCGUGAAAGACGCGGCCACGGGAAACGAUUAUGACCGACGGGAGAUGUCAGACGGCAAUGAAGUGCGGGGCGAAUAUAGGGUGCAGUUACCCGAUGGAAGGACUCAGAUAGUAUCAUAUCACGCGGAUUGGCAAACCGGCUUCCACGCUGAUGUUAGGUAUGAAGGAGAGGCGCACUACCCAGAAAAUAAUAAUUUAGGUUACAACACCGGUUACAACUAUAACACACCGGAUUACUCUGGUUCUCUCAGCGGUUUCCAUGGCAACCAGCAGUUACCGAAGCCAUCGUACGGACCACCUUCAUUUCAUUGAGACUUCAUUAAAAACAUGUACUUAUGACUAGUUUAUAUGCAAAAAAUCUCUAAAGCAAUAUAUUAUAAUUAACGAAUUCGAAAAACAUAUAAUUUAUAGAUAUAGCACUUUCAAAUACUUACUUAAAAAUAUUUACACAAAAUUAUUUUUAGCACUAUAUAAAUACUCAUUUUUUAAAUUUAAAUAUGUUAUAUUACUUAUAAACUUGAUAAAAAUUUAGAGAUUUCGUAAACUUAUAAUAAGAAAGUAUUAUUAGUUUUAUCUUUUAAUACCACAAAGUAUUUUAGAUAAUGUACAAACGUAGUAUUAUUUUUGUAAUAAAUACAUUUUUAAUAAA